UGCGCUUGGUCCAGCAGCGCUUGAGUUGUGUAGCAGAGAGGCUGAAAGUUUUGAAACACAUCCAGAGAAUUCAGCGGAUGACUGUGACUGAUCUCAAAGGACUUUUAAUUUAGUUGACAUUCAGUUUAUGCGCUUCUGGGAGCGGGUGACAAGUGCUGCGGCGUCUUUUAAACCGUGCGUAAUUUCUCCUUCAGAUCCAUCAGCAGCAUUUAGUGUUUUUUUUGUGGAGAAAGGACAUCUAACGCGAGGAUACGAUGACAGCGACCAGAAUGGUUUCAUCAGUGCUGCUGCUGGUGCUGAUGCAGUCCGGAGCUCUUUGCGCACGGAGGUUCCGGGGUGGCCGCAACCCACAACCGCGACGCGCACCACCUCCUCCCACAUACCGGGCGGACCGGGGUGACACCACGGAGAGCUUCCCUCUGGAUUUCACCGCCGUGGAGGAGAACAUGGAUAACUUCAUGACGCAAGUGAAGAAUCUUGCGCAGUCCCUGUACCCGUGCUCGGCGCAGAAGCUCGACCACGACAUGAGGCUGAACUUUUUGGAGAACACAUCAGUCACCUGCAACGACGGCAGCGCCGCGGGGUAUUACCUGAAAGAAUCUCGAGGCAGCAGACGGUGGUUGAUAUUCUUAGAGGGCGGCUGGUACUGCUUCAACAAGGAGAACUGUGACAGCCGAUACGAGACCAUGAGGAGGCUGAUGAGUUCAUCCAAGUGGCCCCAAACUAAAACAGGCACGGGGAUCCUGUCUCCGCUGCCCGAGGAAAACCCUCACUGGUGGAAUGCCAACAUGGUGUUCAUCCCGUACUGCUCGAGUGAUGUGUGGAGCGGCGCUACAGCCAAAACAGAGCAGAGUGGCUACGCCUUCAUGGGCUCGCUGAUUAUUCAGGAGGUUGUGAAGGACUUGCUGAACAAAGGUCUGGACAACGCCAAAGUCCUGCUAUUAGCAGGAAGCAGCGCGGGCGGAACUGGAGUCCUUCUGAACGUGGACAGUGUGGCAGAGCUGCUGGAGGGACUGGGCCACACUGGGAUACAAGUGCGAGGCCUGUCAGACUCUGGCUGGUUCCUGGACAACAAGCAAUACCACUGCACAGACUGCGUGGACACGAACAGCCGCACUCCCACUGAAACAAUCAAGAGAGGCAUCAAGUACUGGGGAGGAGUGGUUCCAGAGAGGUGCAGGCAAACCCACGAAGGAGAGGAGUGGAACUGUUUCUUUGGAUAUAGAGUGUUCCCGUCAAUUAAAAGCCCUGUGUUUGUUGUACAGUGGCUGUUUGAUGAGGCCCAGCUGACAGUGGACAACAUCCAGCUAACAGGCCAGCCUGUGCAGGAAGGCCAGUGGCGCUACAUCCAAAACUUGGGCAUUGAGCUGAGGAACACACUCAAAGAUGUCCCGGCCAUGUUUGCUCCAGCGUGCCUAUCACAUGAAGUCAUCACCAGAAAUUACUGGAUUGACGUGCAGGUUAAAGGCACCUCUCUGCCCCGAGCGCUGCACUGCUGGGACCGCAGCCUCCACGACAACAGGAACAACAAGGCGCCGCCCAAAGGCUGCCCUGUGCAUCUGAUUGACAGCUGCCCCUGGCCACACUGCAACCCCACCUGCCCCACCAUCCGAGACCAGUUCACAGGACAAGAGAUGAACGUCAUUCAGUUCCUCAUGCACAUGGGCUUUGAUGUGCAGAAGAUGGCCCAGCAGCAGGGCAUGGACCCCAGCAAGCUACUGGGCAUGCUCAGCAGCGGCAGCUAAAGGGACACGAGUCACACACAGCAUCUCCAAGCUAAGCCCACGCAGGGCUGGCUGGUCUCUCUGGCCAGUCUCCCAUGCCUGAUACCUCCAAGCACCCAUCCACCCUCACAACCCAUUCUACCUAUAGUAGAUUCCCCUCUGACCUCUUUACUUUAGUCCAAGCCUCGGUCAAACACAGGGGCAUAAAUUGGUUCCUCAAUCCCUUUCCUCGCAACUGGUGACAAGUACAGGGGCAACACGCCACCGCGACAAGGCCCAACUCUCUGCUACUCUCCAUUUGAAUUAUCUUUUGCUUUGAAAAAGAAAAAAAAUCACGAAUGUAAUCCAGUUUUAAGGAUGCUCUUUGAUGUUUUGUUUUCGUUUUAUAUUAUUUUCAUCCUUCCAUACAGAUUCUAUUUAGUCAUUGUUAAAGAAAAAAUGCCACAAUGAUGUAAGGAUGCUGUCUUUGUUAAAGUAGCCACUAUAGAGUAUAUAAGGGUAUAGUUUGUUCAAGCUGUUUUGUAGGUGGGUUCCCACAACAUCUCAUCACACAAAAAACCGACAUCAAGGCAGAAACAGGGACAUCAUACAAUGAAAAGCACUGGAUCAGGAAGGAAACUUUGUAUUUAUCGUUAAAGCAACAGUGUCACCAAAUCUCCUCUAAUCGACUCGUGGUACAGACCAGCCUCAGUGGUGGAAUGUAACCAAGUACAUUUACUCAAGUAAAGUAUUUAAGUACACAUUUGAGGUACUUGUACUUUACUUGAGUCUUUUCUUUUCAUGCAACUUCUCCAGAUAUCCGAGGGAGCUUCACUUUCUUGUUACUUUACAAAUUGAGAAUUUUGCAGACAAAGUUUUAAAAUAUGGCGUUUCGUUAUAAAUGAAACUACCCAACAGUUUAUCCAAGUACAUCUGGAAUGAUUAGUCAAUCAGCUGACUAUUCAAUCUGCUGAUUGACAUAAAAUUAAUUGGAAACUAUCAGUUAAGUCAUUAAAAAAAAUCUGCAUUGAAUACUUUUACUAUUAAUGCUUUAAGUACAUUUCCCUGAUUAUUCUUACAUACUUUUACUUAAAUACCAUUUUGAAUGCAGGAGUAUUAUUAGAGUGCGGUAUAAGUACUUUUACCUGUAAAGGAUCUGAAUGCUUCCUCCACCACUGACCAGGCUGGAUUAACACACUUGUUACAAAGUCAGGCUGCUGAAAUUAAAGCUGCAAACAGACAAAUAUCAGAUGUUUCUCCUUGCUAAUGAAAUGAAACAGUCAAAAAGAACAAAAGACACACUCUACAUCACUGCUGUGAUUGUCAUCCCCGCAGAGGUAACUCAUUCCCAACAGUGCUGAAAUCUAGGCGGCGUAUUUUCAGUCGUUGAGUCAUUGCCUGAAGCUGAUUGUGGUGCUAAAGUAAACCUGGAAACACUUCAAGGUCUAUGAGUACCUACACACACACCACAGUGCCAUUACAUGUAGUCGAUACCUCUUUCUCACAGGCCACAUCGUCACACGAGGACUGUUAAAGCCCGAGCAGAGGGUACACGUUCAUGUUAAAUCACCUCAGUAGUCCUCAGAUCAAUGCAAUGAACAUUUAAAGGGAGAAAAAUAUCGUGUAUUGUAUAUUUUUUUUAAGUAUUUGUAUAGGUUCUUUCAAGUGUUCACCAUUGUAACUCCCUUCUUAUAUUUCAUAAUAGAGAUCGCUUUUUAAUAUAAUGACGAUGUUGUAUGUAAUGAUGUCUUUAUAAAUGUUUUUAAAGGACCUCUAUUUCGCAUCACACCAGAGAAGGAAAGGUAUUACUAAUUGUAAUUUUAUUCUGUAACAUAUUUUUUAACAGAAAAAAAAAACUCAAGCUACAUUGGUAAUUUACAUAUUUAUUUUGUUAUGUAAAUCAUAUUUAUAAGUGCAUUUUUCACAGAGAAGUGAUUCUUUGUAAAUUGUAAAUACAUUGCUGUUUUUUCUCUUUGUGUUGAUUGCAUGUCUUUGUAUCAGACCUAAAAGAAAAGUCCCAUUACAUAUGCUACAA